UCCGGAUUGUUAGGCACGUGAUCGGAUGAUGACGUCAAAAGCCGGUGCCUCUAUAGUGAAGUGACCUUCUUUACGUCCGCCAGACAGAAACCUGCUCAUCAGCCGACAGAAGCAGCUUGAACCUCCACCGCUGUGAUUUGAAUCCAAAGCUGACUAUGGGAGACAUUGCCAAGGGUAAGAAGGCCUUCGUCCAGAAGUGUGCUCAGUGCCACACAGUAGAGAAUGGGGGCAAGCACAAGGUGGGCCCCAACCUCUGGGGCCUGUUCGGACGCAAGACGGGCCAGGCCGAGGGUUUCUCAUACACGGACGCCAACAAGAGCAAAGGUAUUGUGUGGGGGGAGGACACCUUGAUGGAAUACCUGGAGAACCCCAAGAAGUACAUUCCCGGAACCAAAAUGAUCUUCGCCGGCAUCAAAAAGAAGGGAGAGCGCACAGACCUCAUCGCCUACCUUAAAUCAGCAACUUCAUGAAGUAGUCAUUAAAUUCAGAAUAUUUAACAUCGUAUUAUUUUAUUUUUGUUAUCAUUAGAUGUACACAUGCUGAAUAUACCGUUUUAUGUUGAGUCAUUUGCACAGGAGGUUAAUUUAUGUCGUCUAAGGUUAGAAAAGUGGCCAGUGAGUUAACAGCUGGUGUCAUUUUAAGGUCAGGAUGCAGGCAAUUGUUCAAAAGGCCAAACAUAAAACUACUCUCUUUUGUUUUAUUUUCUGUGUGCAUCUGUACUAACUUAAGCCCAUUAUUUCAUAUUCCUCAAGUGGCUAGGUCACCUGACCUGCCACUUAUGUUUUUAAAUGGAUGUCACGUGUGUGGUACAGAGCCGCACUCCAUCUUUAACAUUUACAAAUGUAUUACUAAGAGAAAAGUUACCUAAUAUCACCGUGAACAGGGUGAAAAUGUAGAUCUUUGGUGGUUAACUGGUGCAGACUCCAUCUACGCCCAGCUUUUGAGUGAGUUUCUAACCUGGGAAGAUGUGACAGGGUGAAUUUUCUACACGCUCUUCUGCCUGUCCUCGUGUGUCAGUGGGAGGAAACUUCCACUCGCCAUGAAUGCUCGAGUGUAAAUGUAACUGAAGCAGCCCCUGACCUCCGGUUUUUAAGCCCCCGCUAGUCACCAGACCCGGUACAAACUUUUAUUUUCUUCAAACAGUGACACUUGAGAACUGCCUCCCUGCAGCUGGGAAUUGAUUGGUAUAAAUAUUAAUAUAUAUGUGUGUAUAAAUGCUUUCAAACCACGCUGAGAUCCCACCGGAGUGAAAUCAGCUGGCAAACCAUCACCAUGCCGACCUGCGCAGCUUCAGCACCACACAGAGGAACUAUCCGCAGGGAAGGAAGGUUUUGUUAUUUACCUGGUUUCACAGGCCUGAAAAGAGAAACGUUUUAAACCAUUUUAUUGUAAUCUGUGAAAUGUUUUGAUGGGGGCUGCUUGCUGUUGACGUACACAUUAAAACUCUGAAUGCUCAUGAACAAUAUGUCAUGGAUGAAGACUAAAUUCAAUUAAAACAUCCAGCAAUACAGA